AUGCAAUAUUUUCUAGAGCACUUAACUGAAAUACCUUAUUUGCAUUUCACUAAAACACCAAGAGAAAUUGAAACAAUAACGAAUGAAGAUUUGGUACUGAAAUGUGAAGCUAUUGGUAUUCCACCACCAAUCAUUGAAUGGGCAUAUAAUGGCAAGUUAAUGUAUGCUGUUGAUGAAAGUAAUGAUGUAGAAAAAGUGUACAAUGCUGGCUUAAGAACUAUCCAAAAUGGUGUGACUGCUUCAAAGAUAGUUAUACCUUGCACAAGCACUAAAACAGUCACACAGUACAAGUGUUUAGCAAAUAAUCAGCACUACAAAUUGGAAACAAUAACAACUAUUACAAAUGAAGGUAGCACAAAUUGCUCACACAAACUUUCUUCACCUGUAAUUAAUAUGUGGACCGAUGGUCGUUUUGAGCGAUCUGGUGCAACAGUCCAGUUGUUCUGUAGAAUUCAUGAUAAUUUGAAAUCAAAUAUCACAUGGUACAAUGAAGCAAGCGUCAAACUUGAAAAUGCUAAAAAAUAUAAAAUAAUGAAAAAUGGUGAUUUAAUCAUUCAUGAUACAGUAUGGGAAGACAUGGGAGUUUAUACUUGCGUUGCUAGCAAUGAAUUUGGUGAAGAUCGAAUUAUGGCAUUUUUCUAUCCCACUCAACCUUAA